AUACACAUGCAUUUAAGCUGGGGGCAGCACUAGUAUGGAGAACACGCAAAAGCCGGGCGUGAGCACUCUCAUUGCUUUUAUUUCCUCUUUGGUUACAAUUAUCAAAAACGUGUCUGAAUGAAAACAAAUGAAACUGAAUGAAACUGAAUGAAACUUAGCCGACCUGAGGUGCUGUGCCCUUACCGGCUCUUACAAAUCGCUGUCCACCUGUUUAGAUAUAAAUUAAUACAUAAAUACUGCAUAAAUUCAUGACAACAAAUGUUUAAUGAAAAUUUGAUAAAAAGACUGUGCGAAAAUGAUGAGAAAAUUACACAGUUUAACUGGUACAAUUAACUUGAGAAAGACAUGCCUUGUGCAAUUAAGAAAUUGUUCUAUAGUGACAGAACAGGGAAAAAAUAACAAUAAUAUUGAAACGAAAUGGUUUUUGGAGAAAGAAGAGGAAAUUUUGACUGUGGUAAAUAACAGUAGUGUAAAGCAAUUGGCAAGGUUCAUUGAACACUCACUUGCUAAAACUAUAAUAUCAAAUCGUAAAACCGAUGGGUCAUAUAAAUCAUUGAACGAACUAUUGUCAAAGAAUGAAAUCGAUUCAGAUAUUCUACAUAAAUUUUACUCAUUGAUAAUUGAUCAUAAAAUGCAACGUUGGAAACGGAAGACGUUUACGAUAACGCCUGAUGUAAAGACAAUAAUGAUACCAAAAACUAUACUGGCCAUACACGUUGGUCCCACGGCAAUAACUUGGACAUUAAUCGAUUCCAAUUGCAAAGUAUUGGAUUGCGACUGCAUAGUCUGGCGCGAUCAGUCAUCAAAUGUUAACGCGUUCGACUUAAUCAGUUUGGCAUCGUCUAUUGCCUGUUCAUUACCAGAAUCAAGUUCAUAUGUAAUAGAAGAGUUCCAAAUUCCAAAGAAGAAUUUUCACCCGAUCCUAUCUAGUCAACAACAAAUGACCAUUGCUAUCUCAAGUUGCCUUAAAUUAAUAGAGAAACGAAGAAAAAAUAAUUCAUCAGACAACCUAGGGAACAGUAUAUACAUACUGCGUCCUUUGGCAUCCGCGCGAUUUUUUAAUCUCGUCCUUGGACGGGAAGUAAUAGCAUCCGAGUACGUUAUAAAGGAAAUAUUAAACGAUGCCGAGACAAAUAUCAAGGAACUACAAGAUGUCUACAUAGACGACGAAUUAAAGAAAAGAUAUAUAAACAGAGAACCUGAUUACAUAGAACAAAUGGGCUGGUCUCUGUUAAAAGCUGUGACGUUUGCACGUCUAGUUCCAAUCUUCAACGCUAAUGUAUCGUGUAAAUCGAGUGUUUAACUCUGUACAUAUUUUCUCUCAGCGACGCUGCUUAUUGUAAAUGUACAUAUCUAUAUUUUUUAAUAAAGGAUGCUUCAUCGAAUAGGUA